AUGCUCCUCACCAUCCACCCCAAUGCAUCGUCAUUGACCACCGCCAUCCGCCUCUUCCUCCUCUUCCUCCCCCUCACCACCACCGCCGCGUCCUGCGCCGGCGUCCUCCUCCAAACCAUCGCCACACGCUGGGACUCUCUAGGCUCAGCGUACCAAUCCGAAAUAUGCGCCCGCGGCUGUGAACCCGUAAUGUCCACCUGGGACGACUGGACCUACAACAACGCCUUCCUACCGCUUAUCGACACCAUGGCUUCCGAAAUGUCGCUCUCCGACAACUUCAAAACCACCUUCACGCGCAUCGGGCAGGACAUCGCGUCUGGCACAAAGAGUGAAUGUAGCGCUUUGCUAUCUCCCGGCCAACAUUUCUGUACUGGCGGCAACACCCCCGCAGGCGACAAACUGGCGCAGUGGAAUUGGUGUUUUAAGAAACAAGCCGCAAAGCAAGCAUCGAGAAAUGCUUUUACGAUGCUCAGAUUGGUGUCGAGUGAGAUCUGUAAGGGGGAGGCUUAUAAGUAUUUGGAGGAUGAUAAGUUGUGGAUGGAGGUUUUGCCGCAGUAUAUGAGAAAGUAUGCGGAUACUUGUCAGCUUCCACCGCCUAAAGAAGAGCGGAAACAGAAGGAGAUGAAGGAUGAGUUAUGA